AUGGAACAGACCCAACAGACCCUCGGCGAGCUCAAGGACAAGAUCGUCGACACUGUCAACUCCACCAUCAACCAGGCCCACCAGACCGUCGACAACAUCCUCGCCGACCAGCGCAUGGCCAACGCCCGCGAGUUCGUCGCCACCGAAGCCACCGUGGCUGCCGGCUACAAGGACCAGCUCGUGGGCGGCGUCAAGGAGACCAUCGGCCACCUCGUCGGCGACAAGGCCAUGGAGCGCCAGGGCCGCGAGCAGAAGCGCGAAGGCCAGGCCGUCGUCGGCUCGGCCGAUCAGGAGUCGGAGGAGAACCGCGAGGUCGUCGCCGACACCCUGAUCAAGAGGCACGCGCUCAUGGCCCAGGUCGAGCGCACCGGCGGCGUCGACCGCGCCCACCUCAACCACGUCGACGCGCCCGAGGCCGACAACCACAUUGCCGAGCUCCUGCGCCAGGAGCAGUUCAAGCUCAAGCAGUUCAACAAGGAGCCGCUGCUCGAGGAGAUUCGUGAGCAGAAGACCAUGAAGCCGCUGGUCCACGUCGAGCCCGAGGAGAAGGGCCUCCUCCGCUCGGUGCCCCUCGGCGAGAAGGACAUCACCGGCGACUUGAAGAGGAACUCGGCCGACGAGCUCAAGAAGGAGAUCGCCCAGGCCGACCUGCGCAAGCUCAACCAGGUGAGCGACGACCAGAUCAACGAUCGCUCGGGCGCGCGGCUCGACGUGCUCAAGAGCUUGAGCGCGGCCCAGGCCAAGCGCGACGAGGUGGUCAAGCAGAUCGGCAGCGGACUGGCCGCGACCGAGGUGUCGCUCAAGCACGUCGAGACCGAGGACAAGGCCAAGCCCGACCUCAGCGCCGCCGCGGGCACCAAGACCAAGAAGCUCAACAAGGCCCAGCUGCUGGACGAGGUGAGGCAGGGCGCCGAGCUCAAGCACGUCGAGACCGCGGACAAGGCCAAGCCGGCCAUCGGCGACGAUGUGAGCCUCAAGACCUGGAACAAGGAGGGCUUCCUGGCCGAGGUCCGCCAGGGCGCUGACCUGCGCCAGAUCUAA